UAAAAAAACAGAUGUGUGUGAAGCUCUGCUUGAGGAAACACUCGUGAUAAUUUCUCCCCAGUUCUCAGGUUGGUUUUAUUCCGCUCCGUCUCUGUGUGAAAUCAGACGUUCUGCUAGAAUGAGGAACCUGACGGCUCUGCUGCUUCUGCUGUCGCUCAGCUCUCUGUAUCUGGUGUCUAGUGCUACUAUCAGGGCUGACGUCAUGAAAACCUGCUGUUCAAACCCAACUAAAGCGCCAAUCCCACUAAAGAACAUUGUGACCUACUGGAGGACCAGCAGCAGCUGCCCCCUACAGGCCAUUGUUUUUCAGAUGCUAAAUAAGGUACAGAACACCACUCGUACAGUCUGUGUGGAUCCUACAGCCGUUUGGGUCGACAGUCACAUGAGGAACGUGGAUCUUAAGAACAAAGUUGAUGUAACAGCAAAACUCUGAGUCUCAGCGUUACAUGGGAUUACAACACUGACAGUGAAUCUUAAAAACAAAACCGCUGAAGUAGGAAAAAUCUGAAUUAAUUGACCAAAUUUUUUCAUCAUGAAUUUUACCAUAAAUAUGCAUUUUGUCACCUAUAUUAUUUACAUAUUCUUACCUCUAUGUUUCAUAGUCAUAGUGUGACAGCGCCACCUGGUGUUUUUAAGAGUGCGUCUGUUCAUCAUGUUUAUUCUCAAUUAAUGAUUCAGUAGAAUGAAAUGAAGUGCAAUAACCCUGUCUUUAAUCAGUAUAUACAGUAUAUACACUAUGCAUUGUUACCUUAUAAUUGUAUUAUUGUCCACCCAUGACCCUUUGCCAGGUCACUGGUUUUCCUUCCUUGGAUCACUUUUGGUAUGUCCUGACCACUGCAGACAAUUUCAGAUAGUAAAGAUAGUAAAUUCAUGGUCAAAAUUAAUUUACUGAUAAAAAUGUCACACACUUGUGUAUAACACACUAGGAUGCAAUUCAUAAUGAUGUUUAAAAUGUUACUAAAAACAGGGAAGAAAAAGGUUAAAAUGCAAAAAAAGAAAUGCUAAAAUGUCAAAUUUAUUAAUUUUUUAAAUUAUUAUUAUUGAUGUUAUCUGUUAUCUUUAGAGUUUUCUUAUGUCCAUGAUCAAUAUCAUCUGUCUUCAUUAUGAAUUCCUAGAAAAAGAAAAAAUCAUAUUCUUACAAAGGAAACACUAUCUAUUACUUUUAUAAUUAUUUGUCCUCCCAUUCUUUGUGAUCUAUCUAUCUAUCUAUCUAUCUAUCUAUCUAUCUAUCUAUCUAUCUAUCUGAUUAUAUGAAUAUAUGUUUUACUUCUGUUCAAUAAUAAAACCAUUAAUAUAAUAAAACACCACUCUUACUUGUA